UUUCGUAUCGUUUUCACAUACAAAAUUAAAAGAAGUAUGUUACACAAUCAACAUUAUCAAGAUGACAUUAUGUAUAUUACACAAUUAACGCGUCAAGUUUUAAGUUUACUCGGAGUCUGGCCAUCUUUGAACAAAAGAAAAUCUAUCAGCGAAAGAGCUUGGAAAUUUUUAUUAAUCUCAAGCUCUUAUAUUCUUCUUUACUGUGUUCUGAUUCCCGGCCUUCUUUUCUGGCUGAUCGAGAAGAGACCGCGCGUCCGAGUUCAAACGAUUCCUCUGAUUUUUUACGGCUUUAUGGCCACAGGUAAAUACAGCAUUUUGGUAUGCAGCGAAGGACGUAUCAGACGUUGCUUGAAACACAUCGAGGAGGAUUGGAAGUUUCUUAUCAGCAUGCAUGCACGAGAUUCGAUGAUUGAAUCCGCAAAGAUAGGAAGACGCCUGGUUACACUUUGCGCAGCUUUCAUGUAUGGUAGCGGACUCUCUUUUCGAUCGAUUCUGCCAUUUGCCAAGGGAAAGAUUGUCACCGCGCAGAAUGUCACAAUCAAACCUUUGCCUUGUCCUGCUUAUUUAUUUUCUUUCGAUAUACAAGUUAGUCCUAUUUACGAGACGGUUUUCGCGAUUCAAUUUUUGUCCGGCAUAGUUACUUAUUCGAUAACAAUCGGUAUAUGUGGCCUCUCGGCUGUUUUUGUGAUGCACGCUUGUGGUCAACUGAAAAUCUUAAUGGAUUUGAUGAGAAAUCUCGUUGAAAUACAAUGGGAAGAGGAUCAAGAGUUGAAUAGGAAACUUGCUGCAAUGGUCGAGCAUCAAAUAAGGAUACGGAAUUUUUUGCGAUUGGUAGAACAUACAAUGCAACAAGCAUGUCUGAUAGAAUUAAUGGGUUGCACAACAAUCGUCUGUCUUUUGGGAUAUUUUAUAAUCAUGGAAUGGGAAAAUAGCAAUUCAAUAGCUAUGUGUUCUUAUUUUAUUACACUUACAUCUUUGAUGAUAAACAUGUUCAUGUUUUGUUAUACUGGUGAACAGCUUACGGUUCAGGCGGAGAGAGUAGCUAAUACAUCGUGCGAGCUCGAAUGGUAUCGUCUUCCGGACAAAAAAGCGCGUGGAAUAGUGCUAGUGAUAAUUAUGUCAAACUUGCCUACCAAAGUCACCGCUGGAAAGAUCAUGGAUUUGUCAUUCAAGACAUACGGUGAUGUCGUUAAGACAGCUGUGACAUAUUUUAAUAUGCUUCUAAACGUAACAGACUGAAUCUAUUUCUCUGUGCUGUAUAAUAAUUUUAUUC